GCAUGAACUGUGGGACUGAUGCGCACUCUGCUUUACAGAAACCUGGCUCAACCCAUCCACUUACGACUGAGCACUUCAGGCUGAUGGUUUUUCUAUCCAUCGUUUGGACUGUACACUGUCCUCAGAAACGUCUGAUCGUACCGAUUUUCUCAAAGCAAAGAAUGGUGAACGACAACAAUAACCUGAACAAUGAUUCAUGCGGCAACAUUACUAACUUCAAAGCUAAUAUUUAUAUACAAACGUAUAUCAUCGUAUUUAUCUUUGGAUUCAUUGAAAAUGCCUUCUGUUUAUACAUAUUACUGAAAUUAUACAAGAGGAACACUACAUUCAGCAUCGUCAUGGUGAACCUCGCAAUAUCGGAUCUGCUCUUUGUCUGCACGUUGCCCUGGCGGGUCCAUUAUUAUUGGAAUAACAACAAAUGGGACUUUCCAUUUUCUUUCUGCAUGUUCCUGACUUAUGCUCUGUACCUCAACAUGUACUGCAGCAUCUACUUUCUGACCCUGAUGAGCGUGUUGCGCUACUUCGCUGUAGUGCAUCCAAUGAAAGCUUUAAAGUAUAGAUCUGUUAGAUCUGUGCAAAUCAUUUGUGUCGCAAUAUGGGUGUUUGUGGGAGUCUCAACCGUUCCUUUUGUAAUUAAAAAGAAUGAACAAAACGAUUCGAACACAACAAAAUGCUUUGAACUCAACAAUGGGAUUAGUAAUGAAAAUAGUACUAUGUCUAAUGAAUCUACUAUGAAUUUCUUUUCCCUGGUGGUAGGUUGCAUUAUUCCCUUCUUAACUAUCUCUGUCUGCUACAUAUUUGUUGUUAAGACUUUGCUAACUUCAGAAAUACAGUGCCACCAGCAAAAGCGCUCCCGCAAAACAGCGAUUGCAAUGAUUAUUAUCGUAAUGAUUAUAUUUCUGACCUGUUUUCUGCCUUAUCACAUUCUACGAACCGUCUAUCUUGUCACAAGGCAGAAUUCACCCUCGGUCAGCUGUACUCACAAAGCAUUGGUGGUUACCCUGUGUGCAGUGGUAAUCAAUCCCUGUUUGGACCCCCUUUUAUAUUACUUUGCAGCAGAAACCUUCCGAGGCAAGGUGAGAAGCACAAUCAAGACCACAUUCAGAGGCUCUCUUGCCUUGAUGCGUAAAACCUGAACCCCCACACAAUUCACCUUCAUGUCUCAUUAUUAUUACAGGAGUAAUUGGAGAGCAGGAUUUCUCUUGCGUAUGAUGUAAAAGUUAAAGGGAUAUAUUGUAAUUAUUUUCUACCACAAAAUAAUUUGACUAACAGGCAUGGCAGUUUUUAUUUGAAGAAAAUAAUACUCCUCAUGCAACAUUCUUCUGCUGUAUACAACACCAGAUUUAAGAACUGAUUAAUUCAUUUUUGUCUUUGGAUAAUAGUGUUUAUUUUCUAUGUUGUCCAAUUGCAAUGUCAUGUUUCGUUGAAUUGCUUUUAGAAUGAACUGGUCUUUAUGUUUUCCUUUAAACCUGCUGUUGAAUCCUCUCAUUCCACAUCUCCACCUUACUACCUCUCUAUCACCUUUAAAACGUAUUUAAAAUGUCCUUUUUAACCAAGUUUUUGCUCAUCUGCCCUAAUGUCUCAUUAUGUGUCUUUAUGUGCUGUUAAAAAUGCUAUAUAAAUGUAAGAUAUCAUUUUUGAUCACAAUAUAAUACCAUAUUUCAAUUAUUUUCAAUUCCAACACUAAUAAUUUAUCUGUUCUUCCAACUUUGAUAUCUAUUUCGCAGUUGCAAACAUUGUUUUCUAUCAAUUCCUCAGACCUCCCUCAAUGUCAUACCUUACUAACUGUCUGAGAAAAACUCUACCCAAGCAGUAAGUAGUAAACAUGAUCAAUUUUGAAAUGAGGCGAUAAUUUAAGUUUUUAGCAUUCUGAUCUUUGCUUAAAUUAAUAAUUCAGUGUUUCUUCAGAAAGUGAUCAAGAUUUACAAAUAUAUUCUUUUAUUCUUUUUUAAAACCAGGUAUUAAAAGACAUUCUUGGAAAGUCCAAAAUCCUUCAACAAUAAUUUUAUAGAACACAAGUGUCAGAUUUGUAACUCUGAACUGUGGUGUAUUACAUUGGACCAUAACCAUGAUGAAAUACAUGAUAAGUUUCUGCACAGUGAGUUAGUAAAUCGCAGUCAGCAAAUUGAUGGCUAGAUUAAACUUUUUUUUAGAAAGUAGGAGGAGAGUUUGUAUAGGUGCCAUCAAGUUAUGGAGUUAUGACAGUACAGAAGAAAACCAUUUGGCACAUGGAGUCUAUGCAGGUUCUUUGUGGAGCAAUCUAACAUCGCCUACAAGAUCAUUUCCCUCACGUCUAUGCAAAUUCCUUAACGCAGAAUCACAAAAUCAUAGGACUCUUACAAUGCAGAAGGAGGCUAUUCAGUCUAUCAUGUGUGCACCAGCUCUCCAAAUGAAUAUAUUACUUGAUGCAAUGCUCAUGCCUUCUCUCUGAAAACCUGCAUAUUAUUAUUUUCCAGAUAACCAUCUAUUUCUGUUUUGAAUAUGCUGAUUGAAUCUGCCUGCACCAUACUUUCUGGCAACACAUUCCCCUAACUACGCUUCGUGUGAAAAAAUCUUUCUCAUAUCACUUUUGUUUCUUUUACAGAUUAUUUUGAAUCUGUACUCUCCUGUGGUCAAUCCUUUCACAAGUGGGAAAACAUGCCUCUGUUUUUUAUUCUGUCCAGAUCUCUCACAAAUUUUAAUAUCUACGAGAUCUCAGCUUAACCGUUCCAAGUUCUCUAAUGUACAUAAUAAAAAUUAUUCAUCCAUGGAACUAAUCUCGGAAAACUUCUCUACAUUGUCUCCAAUGGCUUCAGGUCCUUUCUGAAAUGUGAUGCCCAGAACUGAAAGCAAUAAUCCACUUGAGGUUGUAUUAGUAUCUUAUACAAGUUCAAAUGAAACUUCUUGCUUUUGUACUCUGUGUCUAUAUGAAUAAAGUUUUUUGAAUAAC